AUGUCUCUCCGGCCACGCCAAUCUCUUAGGGUUUCGUCUCCGGCGAAGCAGAGGACGAAAGCCCCCCAAAAAAAAACCAUCGCCACGAGAGCGAAUCGAAAGCGUCUGCCUUAUUACAUAAAACCCGGCGCCGCCGUAGAAAUCAGCUCCGACGAGAUUGGGUUCCGCGGCUCGUGGUACCCGGGUAAAGUGAUCACCACCCCAUCCUCAGAUAAGGACAACAAAUGCCAAGUGGNCACGACGCUCUUCUUCGACAAAGAGGGUACGAAGCGUCUGAAGGAAGUCGUCGACUUGAGCCAGCUCCGUCCUCCGGCGCCGCUGAUGUCUGAGAGAGAGAAGAAGAGGGUAAUCGCGAUUGGGGAUGAAGUCGACGCCUUUUACAAUGACGGUUGGUGGGAAGGGGAUGUCACGGAGGUUCUAGGUGAUGGGAGAUUCAGUGUUUUCUUCAGGAGUUCCAAAGAGCAGAUUCAGUUUGAGAAAGAUAAACUUAGGUUUCACAGGGAAUGGGUUGAUGGAGCUUGGAAGCCUCCAUUAGAGGAUACAGAGGAAGAUGAAUCAGAGGAAGACAAAGUAGACAAUACAGAAGAUGAAGAGGAGGUAACAAUAUACAUUCUCAAUUCUUGA